AUGAGUACUGCAAGUGCUCCUCCUUCUGGGACAAGCCCAUGGGGUCUGGUGUUGUGUCUGACGUUUCUCGCGGCAGCAACCUUCUAUGUCAAACAGUUUGUUUGGCAUCCCCUGGCGCCGUAUCCCGGGCCGCUGCUGGGACGCUGUUCAAAUCUCUACGCUGCGUACCAUGCCUGGCGAGGAACCGUGCAUACGGAUAUGUACCGCUGUCAUCGGAAAUACGGGCCCAUUGUGCGGUAUGGGCCUUCACGAAUUGUCGUAGACACCAACACCGCAGCCAAAGGUAGACAGAUGACUCUCGACAUAUACUCGCAUGGCGCAAACGUGUCGAAAGCACCGGCAUACAGCGUCCUAUCGCACGGCGCUCCGAGCAUCAUCACCCUUCGCAACAAGGAGGAGCACUCGUGGCGACGGCGGGUCCUGAGCUUUGCGCUGUCUGAUGCCACGAUAACGUCAUACGAGAGUACUAUCCGCAAGCAUCUCGACAGGCUAUGCGGAAUUCUGAGGGAGAGUAUCCAAGUCGAAGAGGAGCCACUCGAUAUGUCCCGGCAAUGCGACUAUUACACCUUUGACGUCAUGUCCGAGGUCAUUUUCGGCAUCGACCACAACGCCUUGCAGCAGUCUACGUAUCGAUAUGCCGUCAAGGCACUGGCGGACUCCAACGUGCGACUCGGCGCCCUCUUUCAGGCUCCCUCCCUCGCCACGGCAAGGCUAGACAGGUAUCUGUUUCCCACUGCGAUCCAAGGCCGCCACAAGUUCGUUGGGUUUCUUGGCUCGCUGCUGCGGAAACGAGCAACGGCACCACGUCCGCAGGGUGGUGACGUGUUUUCCUUCCUGGAGACGGCCGAGGACACAGACGGAGGCAAGGCCUUGGACAAGUCGCAGAUUCGGGCCGAGUGCGCUGCUUUGGUAGUUGCCGGGUCGGAUACGUCUUCCACAACUCUGUCCGCAACCCUAUUCUACCUGAGUAGGAAUCCCAAGACGUACCGACGAGCCGCCGACGAAGUGAGAGCCUAUUUCACUGCUGCCGAGGAGAUAUCCACCGGGCCACGGCUCAGCUCGUGCUUCUACCUCCGCAGCUGUGUCGACGAGGCCCUGCGCAUGUCUCCUCCUGUUGGCGCUGCUCCGUGGAGAGAAGUAGGGACGGGAGGCAUCCGGCUCGGAUCGCUUGAGCUGCCGGCCGGCGUUGAAGUCGGAACUGGGAUAUACAGCCUCCAUCACAACGAGACAUACCACAGCGAUCCCUUUGAGUAUAAGCCAGAGCGGUGGAUUGCUGACGAGGGCGGCUCAACGAAGGAGUCGGUUGAACUUUCCAGAAGCGCGUUUAUCCCCUUCUCCCGGGGUCCAAGAAGCUGCGUCGGGAAAGGCUUCGCGUACCAUCAGGUGACUCUGGCCUUGGCACGGAUUCUCUGCGAAUUCGACUUUUGCGCGGCUCAGGAGCCUGCGCCCAAGGGGAAGACCGGAGAGGGCGGCAGCCAGGGAACAGCUGAGUUCAGGUUACGAGACCACGUUACCGGAGCCAAGCAAGGCCCUGUCCUGCGGUUCCGUCUGCGUGGCCGACCUUGA